GGAAGAGAUGUUCAGUGCUGCUAUCUAAAUUUGUUUCUUUCCAUCCAAGAACCAAGGCUUCUCUUGAACAUGAUGAGGGGCCUUCAUGAGUGCUUAUUGCUUCUGUUGUCCCUGUGUGGAAUCACCUCAGCUCUGCAGUGUACUGUAGUUCCAGGAGCUCUUACACAGAUUGAUGUCAGCAAUGGACAAGUCUUUGGUGUGAACAGAGCAGGCAAUAUUUAUACCUUGUAUGGAACCACAUGGACCCAGUUACCAGGGGCACUGACCCAUGUCACAGUCGGUCUUGAUGGCAUUUGGGGUGUGAACUCAGUUAACUCCAUCUAUAGACUUGUGGGUGGCAACUGGAAGCAGGUUACAGGUUUGCUGAAACAAAUUGAUGCAGGAGGAAGCCAGUUUAUAGUUGGAGUCAACAUGAAUGAUGACAUCUAUUGCCUGCCCAAGUCAGCAGCCAUUGCUGCUGAUGGCAACUCAGAACUGCCUUGGGUCCACAUUGAAGGAAAGCUCAAAUACUACUCCUGUGGGCCACUGGGUUGCUGGGGAGUUAACUCAGCUGACGCCAUCUUCUUCCGGCAUGAUGUCACCCCAGAUUCCUGUGCCGGAUCCAGGUGGCAGAAUGUGCCUGGCGGGCUUUCCAUGAUUGAGGUUGGGACAGAAGGAGAUGUGUAUGGAGCAAACAGCGCUGGACAGAUUUAUCGGAGGGUUGGAAUCAGUGCUGCCAAUCCCAUUGGAACUGCGUGGGAACAUUUGAGCCUUGACCUUGGAGCGAUUAAACACGUGUCGUAUGACCUGGGCCACCUGUGGGUUUUGACUACAGAAGGAAAAAUUUUGAACUGCAAAGUUUCAGAUUGUGAACAGGUGCCUGGAGCAUUGACCCAGAUCGAUGUCAGCAAUGGACAGGUCUUUGGUGUGAACAGUGCAAGCAACAUUUACACCUUGUAUGGAAACACAUGGACCCAGUUACCAGGGGGACUGACCCAUGUCACAACUGGUCCUUCUGGAGUCUGGGGUGUCAACUCAAAUCAUAACAUCUACAGGCUUGUGGGUGGCAGCUGGAGGCUGGUUACAGGUUUGCUCAAACAGAUAGAUGCAGGUGGAAGCCAGUUUAUAGUUGGAGUCAACAUGAAUGAUGACAUCUAUUGUCUGCCCAAGUCAGCAGCCAUUGCUGCUGAUGGCAGCUCUGCAUUGCCCUGGAUCCACAUUGAAGGAAAGCUCAAAUACUACUCCUGUGGGCCACUGGGUUGCUGGGGAGUUAACUCAGCUGACGCCAUCUACUUCCGGCAUGAUGUCACCCCAGAUUCCUGUGCCGGAUCCAGGUGGCAGAAUGUGCCUGGCGGGCUUUCCAUGAUUGAGGUUGGGACGGAAGGAGAUGUGUAUGGAGCAAACAGCGCUGGACAGAUUUAUCGCAGGGAAGGAAUCACCAAAGGCAAUCCUAUUGGAACUUCUUGGUCACUAGUAGACAAAAAAAAUGGGAAAGCUAAGCAUGUGUCCUAUGACCUGGACCGGAUGUGGGUUGUCACUUCAGAAGGGAACAUAUUCAAAUGCAAAGUAUGACUUGACCUUUACUGAGUAAUAAGUAUUAUUGGCUACACCAUCGGAAGACAUGUUGAGAAGGACACCAAGAAAUUUAAAGUAGUAGCAGAUUGAUUCAGUCAAUGUUUUCUCUCACACCCUUCUCUUUUUCUAUAAAACUCUCCCCUUCACUGCUUUUUAAUGAGAAGUUUGAAAUUAAAAUUAAAUUGAUCAACU